AUGGGCUUGUAUACUGGAAGCAAGAUGCUGCAGCUAAGGCUUGAGCAUAUCCAUGCUUUGCUAUGGGACAAUUUAAUUGCUUUAGUGGUAGAGGAUUUUCUUGCUACAGUUAAGCAACCAGUUAAAAAAAAAUCUGAACUCAUUGCUAAGGAAGAACAGGAGCCAGACGCAGAUAACACUGAUAUAAAGAAAGUUGAGAUAACAGAAGAUCUGAUUGUGAGACCUCAGCUGGAAGCCCCAGAUGAGGAAACCAGUGACAGUCUCAGCUCAGGGCAUAUUGAUGUGAUGCCUUCAGCUGGCUCAGAGGUUGAGCACGGAAUAGAACUGUAUGUGUGUGAUCAGGUGAAGACUGAAGAGGCUGAAGUUCCUAUAAAUACGGCUACAGGUGAUGUUAAGACUGAAGUCACAUUCAAUGUUGAACAAACAAAUGAUCUGUAUGUAAAGAGUCAGCAUGAAGCUGUGAAGCAGGAAAUCAGUGACAAUAUCAGGACAGGUGAUUUUACAAUCUGCAAUAAUCCUAGCUAUGGUCAGAAUGCUUCUUUCAAGCUUCUUCAAAAUCAAGGAAACAAAGUAAAAAAUGUAUGUUCUGAAUGUGGGAAAUGUUUUACCACCGAAUUUUAUCUUAUUAACCAUCUAAAAAUUCAUACAGGAGCGAAAGCAUUUUCAUGUUCUGAAUGUGGAAAAUAUUUUACUCUAAAAACAUCUCUUAUUAGGCAUCAGAAGAUUCAUACAGGGGAGAAAGGAUUUUCAUGUUCUGAAUGUGGGAGAUGUUUUGCUAUGAAAUCAGAUCUUAUUAGGCAUCAGAAAAUUCAUACAGGGGAGAAAGGAUUUUCAUGUUCUGAAUGUGGGAAAUGUUUUGCUUUGAAAACAACUUUUAAUAAUCAUCAGAAAAUUCAUACAGGAGAGAAAGGAUUUUCAUGUUCUGUAUGUGGGAAGCGUUUUACUUGGCAAUCAUCUCUGAUUAAUCAUCAAAAAAUUCAUACAGCAGAAAAAGCAUUUUCAUGUUCUGACUGUGAGAAAUGUUUUACUCUCAAAUCAGAUCUCAUCCGGCAUCAGAAAAUUCAUACUGGGGAGAAAGGAUUUUUGUGUCCUGAAUGUGGGAAAUCUUUUGCCUUGAAAACAACGCUUAAUAAUCAUCAAAAACUUCAUACAGGAGAGAAAGCAUUUUCAUGUUCUGAAUGUGGGAAAUGUUUUAUCUGGAAAUCACAUCUUAAUAAUCAUCUGAAAAUUCAUACAGGAGAGAAAGCAUUUUCAUGUUAUGACUGUGGGAAAUGUUUUACUCUGAAAUCAGAUCUCAUUAGACAUCAGAAAAUUCAUAUAAGAGAGAAAACAUUUCACGUUCUGAAUGUGGGAAAUGUUUAACCCUCUAACUGCUGAACUAUUUCUACCCUUAUGCUGAGCUAUUUUGCAGUUCCUUAAUGCUACUUACAUUUAAGUCCUACUUUAGGUCAUUUUUCAG